GUGGUUUGAAUCCCGGCAGAAUAUAAGACGUCUACAUCGAAUCCUCCCUCGAUCUCUGUAAACAUGACUGCACUCGGUCAAGCUUUGUCUAAUCCCAAACCCAUCAUGCCAAACGGCACGAUGCAUGGCAGUAGGAAUGAGGUUUCGGUACUGGUCAUCAACACCGGAGGAACAAUCGGAAUGAAGAGUCAUGGCGACGUCCUCGAACCGGAGGAAAAUGUGUUUGUGGAGGGCCUGCGAAAGCUGACCACCUUCCAUGAUGAGCGAUAUGCCAAGGAAACGUGCAUGUAUGACUUCUAUGGUAACCGGGACAAAACACUAGUCCUGCCGGCGUACAAGGACAAUAAACGUGUAGUGUACACCUUUCUAGAGUACAGCCCCUUACUGGAUUCCUCCAACAUGACGACCGAGGACUGGGCGAAAAUCGGGAAGGACAUCGAAAAAAACUACGAGGGCUACGAUGGCUUUGUGAUCCUUCACGGCACGGACACCAUGGCCUACACGGCCUCCGCCCUGUCCUUCAUGUGUGACCACCUGGGCAAGCCCGUCAUCCUCACUGGCUCCCAGGUGCCAAUUUAUGAAAUAAGGAGCGAUGGCAGGGACAACCUGCAGGGGGCGCUGCUUUUGGCUGGUCUGUUUCACAUUCCGGAGGUAUGCCUGUACUUCCGCAACAAACUGUACAGGGGAAACCGCGUCACCAAAGUGGACGCUGGAAGUUUCGAUGCCUUCACCUCCCCUAACCUGUCCCCCCUGGCCAACUUGGACGUGGAUAUAACAAUCAACUGGGACACGGUGUGGAGAACCAACCGCUCCAACAAGUUCGCCGUGAACACAGAGCUGAACCGCAACGUGGGCCUGCUGAGGCUGUUCCCUGGCAUCACCGCGGCAACCGUGAGUUCGUUCCUGCAGCCGCCCAUGGAGGGCAUGGUCCUGGAGACCUACGGCACCGGGAACGCCCCCGACAACCGCCCCGACCUCCUGGCCGAGAUGAAGAAGGCCACCGACCGCGGCGUGAUCAUCAUCAACACCACCCAGUGCCUGAGGGGCACCGUGUCCAAGGUCUACGCCACAGGCGAGGUGCUGUAUAAAGCGGGGCUGCUGCCCGGCGUGGACAUGACCACAGAGGCGGUCCUCUCCAAGCUCUCUUAUGUGUUGGCCAUUGAAGGGCUGGACCUGCAGACCAAAAAGAAGAUGAUGGCCGAGAACCUGCGCGGGGAGAUGAUGGCAGACCUGGCCAUGCUCAACCUGCGUGACAGCCGCUUCAUCCAGGUCAUCGCCAAGUCGCUCAGCAUCAGCUGCAGGGAGGAGCUGGUAGCCAUCCGCGACGCCCUGACCCCCCCGCUGGCCUGCGCCGCCGCCAAGAUCGGAGACGUGGAGGCCCUGAAAUCCAUCCAGGAAAUGGGGAGUAACCUGAGUGUGGGCGACUACGACGGACGCACACCGCUGCACAUCGCUGCGAGUGAGGGCCACCUGAAGGUUGUCCAGUACCUCCUGGACCAGGGGUCCACCAUCCACAGCCGGGAUCGCUACGGCGACACACCCCUGUCUAACGCAGUGCGCUUUAGACGCAAAGACAUUGUGAUGGUCCUGCGGAAGGGCGGAGCCCACCUGUCCCGAGAGCAGCUGGCCAUCUCGGGCACAGAGCUGUGCAGCCUAGCAGCUAACGGAGACCUGGAUGGUCUGCAGAUCUGGAACCUAGCCGGGGCCGACCUGAACACCCCCGGGUACGACGGACAGACGGCCCUUUCAGUGGCAACGGGGGCUGGCAAGUUGGAGGCCGUCGCGCUUAUUAAUGAGUGCCAGGGAUCAGGUGGGCCCUGAUUCCAGGAUUAGCCACUCUCUCGCCACUGACCCAAUGGCUCAAAAAGAUGAGAACUUGAUGAAGAAAUUGAAGCGCUUUGUCUGGGAAUCUGUAUCCCACCUGCUGUUUAAGACAUCCGCUGUCCAAAGACCGUCCCAUAUGGGGGUUUAUGAAUUAAUGUCUGUCGUUAGUUUGUGUUAACUUACUAGAAUUGAAUACGAGAUUGAAUCGUUGAAUAUUGUGAAAUGGAAAGACAGCAUAUACAUGCAAACGUCCACUUCGUCUAUCUGGUAUUUGCUGAUUCGAAAACGUUUGUGUGUGUGUGUGUGUGUGUGUGUGUGUGUGUGUGUGUGUGUGUGUGUGUGUGUGUGUGUGUGUGUGUGUGUGUGUGUGUGUGUGUGUGUGUGUGUGUGUGUGUGUGUGUGUGUGUGUGUGUUUGUGCUUUAUUAAAUGGCUACACUUGCACUUGAGAUUCUUGAACGUUUGUUUCCGGCCUUCGGUAUGCUUCUGCUGAACUAAUUGCGCACUGUGCUAGACUUCUGGAUUUUAAACUGAAGAGGAGUUGUUAUAAUUGCAGCGCUUCAUUAGCACUUUUGAUCAUUGUUUGUACCCAAAGCCAAUGUUAAAGUAGUUAUUAAAACUUGAAUGUAUUCUUCUAAAGCAAUCAAUUAAGGAUUGUGGGAGUUUUUUAAUUGCUAUCAAACAAAACACACAGUUAUUCAGGGUUUCGCUAAGGGUUUUGUGUCCCUGUCAUAUCAACUAUGUUUAAAUGCUGUUCCUCUUUGAUUCGAAAGGAAAUGCAUGAAAAACAUUUAAUAAAUACGUCCCAUGCUAAAUAAAUCUCCUGUCAUCAAUGGUGAAAUGUUGUGUUCACAUAGAGCAGCUUUAAUAAAGACAACCAAGCCAUGAAGGUAACAGUAUAUUUAGAUAUCGCUUGAUCGGUACUGGAUGAAUCUCUACACAUUAAAAUGUAACGAGAGUCCCACUAAGGAAACGUGACUCAACCAUCACAGGGAGUGACGCAGACCGUCACUACUGUAAGGUAAAAGGAACGGGAAAGCCUCAUUACUUUUGAUCUCAACAGGCUACAAAGCACCUUCUGAAGAAAAUCAGCCAUGGAUG